GCACACCCCCCCCGCACCUUAAUUAUCCGCGCCCCGCCACCAAACCCCCCUUGACUCCGCGCGCGCGCGCGCGCGGUGGAUGACGAUCGGUGCCGCGCCGCUCCCUCGGGGCACAGUCAUCACACGCGGGCCGGGUGUUAAUGCGCCAAUCGCCUUUACCUUUUUAUUUUUCUCCUUUCCCUCCCCCCUACUGACGACGACGGGCCAUGCAUCCGCAGCGCGCCGUCUCGACCGUCGCCUCCCAGCGAAGAGGAGGUGGCGCGCGGCGAGCUACUGUCGGCUACCUAAGCCUGACGGCGGCCGGCGCCAACCGCCCUGUACCGUACCUACAUACUGCGGCCGGGCAGGUCAUCAGGUACGCAGGUACGUGCCCGCCCACGCACUGACACGCGCGCACCGCCCGGGACACUGUUGGUUUUAUAUACCCCGCACGGGCAUCAGCCGCGCGCCGGGCGUCAGGUACACAGAAGCAGACAGAGGGAGGGGAACGAGCUCGUCGGGUAGCGGAGGAUGACCAGCGGUGGCGCCGGCGGCGGAGGCAAGGCCGCCGCGGCGCUGCGGCUGCAGCACUACCUCAUCAUGGCCGGGGUGGCGGCCGCCGUCGUGCUCGCCUGCCUCCGGUACGCGCCGGCCGCCGCGGGGUACGGCUUCCUGGCCGUCGCGCCGCCGGCGGGGGCCGGACGCCUCGUCCGCGCCGCUGCCGACGGUGGUGCCCGGGAUCCCCCUCCGUCGCCGUCGUCCGUGGUGAUCUUCAACUUCGGGGACUCCAACUCCGACACGGGCGGCAUGGCGGCGGUCAACGGGAUGAACCUCAACCUGCCGGAGGGGCGCACCUUCUUCCGCCGGCCCACAGGCAGGCUCUCCGACGGCCGCCUCGUCAUCGACUUCAUCUGUGAGAGCCUGCACACGCCGUACCUGAGCCCGUACCUCAAGGCUCUGGGCGCGGACUUCAGGAACGGCGCCAACUUCGCCAUCGGCGGCUCCACGGCGUCGCCGGGCGGGUCGCCCUUCUCGCUGGACGUGCAGCUCCACCAGUGGCUCUACUUCAGGGACAGGUCCAUGGAGAUGAUCAACCUAGGCCAGAAGCCCCCCGUCGACCGCGACGGGUUCAGAAGGGCCAUCUACACCAUCGACAUCGGGCAGAAUGACCUAUCUGCUUACAUGCACCUGCCCUUCGACCAAGUGGUUGCCAAGAUCCCCUCUGUGGUCGCUCAGAUCAAGUACACCAUCGAGACGCUGUACGCGCACGGCGCCCGCAAGUUCUGGAUCCACGGCACCGGCGCGCUGGGCUGCCUGCCGCAGAAGCUGGCCAUCCCGCGGGACGGCGACGCCGACCUCGACGCCCACGGCUGCCUCAAGACCUACAACGCCGCCGCGCGGCGCUUCAACGCGCUGCUCGCGGGCGCCUGCGCCGAGCUCCGGCGCCGGAUGGUGGACGCCGCGCUCGUCUUCGUCGACGUGUACGCCGCCAAGUACGACCUGGUGGCCAACCACACCGCGCACGGCAUCGCCCGGCCCCUCAUGGCGUGCUGCGGCUACGGCGGCCCGCCCUACAACUACAACCACUUCAAGGCGUGCAUGUCGGCCGAGAUGCAGCUCUGCGACGUCGGCGCGCGCUUCGUCAGCUGGGACGGCGUGCACUUCACCGAGGCCGCCAACGCCAUCGUCGCCGCCAAGGUGCUCACCGGCGACUACUCCACGCCCAGGGGUAUCACCAUCGCCAGCCUCGUCAACUCCACGCUCAUGGCGAGCAACGAUGGCUAGCUCGUUCGAUCGGUUUGUGCCCAUGGGAAGUGAUGGUAGAAAUCUGGCCAAGAUUAUUGCAGCGAAUUCGUGGAGAUCGAUCGAGCUGGUUCACCGCUCGUCAUCAGGAUCGUGUUCAAUAGAGGAUUACUGUUGACUAGAAGCAGUUCCGUGACACCAUUGAUUAUUGACUAGAAGAAAAUGAAAUGGUGGCUCAACCUGCUAGUGGUUUUGUGGGGAUCAUUGGCCUUCAGCUUGAGGCUUUGUAUACACCAAACAUGAUAACAUACACAUGCAUGUGUGUAAGAUCCACGGUUCUUUUCUUUUACUAGUUUCCUGAUGUUUGAUCAGCAGACUGGGUGCUAAAUUUACUUGUCCUUUUCGCAUUUUGUA